AUGAGUUUCAAAAACAAAGUUAUCAUUGUAACCGGAGCAAGCGCAGGUAUUGGGGCCGCUAUAGCAGUUGCAUUUGCAAAAGAAGGCGCAAGCGUCGUUUUAGUUGGGAGGAAUGAAGUGAAUCUAAAGAGAGUUGCAGAUGAAUGUAAAGCAUCUGGUUCGACGGCUCUUAUUCUCAAAGCGGACGUGUCAAAUGGCGCAGAUCUUGCAAAAAUAAUCCCGGAAACAAUUGAGAAGUUUGGUAAAUUAGAUGUACUGGUAAACAAUGCUGGUAUACUAAGGAGGUGUAGCCUUGAAGCCGGAUCCUUCGUUAAUGCGUUUGAAGAAAUUUUGGCUACGAAUCUGCGUCCCAUUGUUACGUUGACUGAAUCGGCGACUCCACACCUGAUUGCUAGUAAAGGUAAUGUGGUGAACAUAUCGAGCGUUGCAGCAACGAAGGUUUUAACGUCUGAAUACACGGCGUAUAGUAUGCUGAAGGCUGCAUUGAAUACCUUUAGUAGAGGCGCUGCUCUGGAACUGGGGAAGCAUGGUGUGCGUAUAAAUUCCGUUAGCCCGGGGCCAGUUAAAACUGAAAUUUUUGCAUUGGCUGGAUUCAAUGUUCCGUAUGAAGAAAUAGGAAUUCCGACAGCUUUAAACUGCUGGGGUGAACCAGAAGAUAUCGCUGAUUUGGUGUUGUUUAUAGCCGGUGAUAAAGCGAAGAGUGUCACCGGUUCUAACUAUAUAGCGGACAAUGGCUGUUUGUUGUAUUGA